AGUGGUGAAGGAAGAAAUUGUUGAUGACGAUGCUCCUCUUCCUGCUGUGAAUCAACGAGUUGUAUCUUGGAUUGUUUCUGCUGACACAAGUGUGGCCGACAGCUUGUCACAGUGCGGAGAAGAUGGCGCUCCCAAACAUCAGGCCUACCAAAGCAGUGGAGGUGAGAGCGGUGCUGGUGGAGGAGGCCUCGAUGACACCACCUGUACUGAGACUGAGAGCAUCAUCUCCAGCAGAAGAGAUCAUGGCCAUCUUCGACCACCUCGUCUCCCAAAAUUUGAUAAUAAAUCCCAACAACGACCUUUUCCCGACAGAAUGCGUGUUAAUGGCCACGGUGGCCCAGGAGCUCGAGGAGGCUAUGAGUCGUCGUCCANAACAUCAGCGCCCGCACGCAGCUCUAGUGUAUCACAGAUCCACGCCCGCAACAGGCGCAAGAAGCGACGGCAUCACCAGGCAGGUCCUGGAGGCAGCCACCGCCACCCUCACCACCCUCAUCACCACCAGGCAAUGUCCCAUGCCUCAAGCAUAUCCUCCAUCACCGACAGCACCAUGUCCCUUAACAUCAUCACUGUCACCCUCAACAUGGACUCUGUCAAUUUCCUGGGCAUCUCCAUUGUAGGACAGUCGAGCAAAGGCGGCGAUGGAGGGAUUUAUGUUGGCUCUAUUAUGAAAGGUGGUGCCGUGGCACUGGACGGCCGCAUCGAGCCUGGCGACAUGAUCCUGCAAGUGAACGACAUCAACUUCGAGAACAUGAGCAACGAUGGCGCCGUCCGCGUCCUCAGGGACGUAGUUCAGAAGCCAGGGCCCAUUAAGCUGGUGGUGGCAAAGUGCUGGGAUCCUCAUCCUCCUAAGGGCUACUUCACAGUGCCCAGGGCUGAGCCUGUGCAUCCCAUUGACCCCGGGGCUUGGAUUGCACACACUCAGGCCUGCCUAACUGGUGAGGUUGAGGAAUAUCCCGUGCGGCCGCCCUCAGCCUCGACCCUCACCUCGAACACGUCCUCCCUUGCCUCCUCCGUGAUUGACGCUGAGCGUCCCUACGAGGAGAUGAAGCUCUCAGUGACGUCGCCCAUGACGGCCGUGGUGCGCGCGAUGGCUGCGCCCGACUCAGGCCUCGAGAUCAGGGACAGACUUUGGCUCAAGAUCACAAUUCCUAACGCCUUUAUUGGUAACGAAGUGGUGGACUGGCUGCAUCAGAGAGUCGAAGGCUUCACAGACCGCAAGGAGGCGCGCAAAUAUGCCGCUCAGCUCCUCAAGAGCGGACUUAUCAAGCACACGGUCAACAAGCGGGACUUUAGUGAGCAGUGCUACUAUUUGGUGCUUUCUCUGUAGUCUCCACUCGCUUCACGCAUGGCGGCGCUGAAGCUGGUUGGGGAGGAAGACUCCAUCAGUGAUCUGGGUCCGUUGCCUCCGCCCUCCACAGCCUCCCCUUGGGGGAGCAACAUAGGGGGCGCCGCCCCCCACGUGUCCUUACAAGGCAGCAACUUCACGUCAGGCGCCUCGACGGUGGCGGUGGGAGGUUACAUGCAACCUCAACCGCCCAACUUCAACUAUACCAACGAGUCCUACAUGUUCAACCGCGACAGUGGCUCAGGUGGCUCGAGCAGCGGCACUGCCAAGAAGGCAAUCCAGCACCGCAGUCCCCCUCAGAGCACAGGCAGUCUCCCCCCUACACUACCCCCUCCUGUCAUGGCUCCCCCUCUGCCCUCUGCCCUUCAACAGCCCAUGAUGAUGCAUCACCACCACCAUCACCCUCACCACCAGCAACACUUCCAGUCUCGUCCUCCUCCCCCUCUCCCUCACCAACCCCUGCCACCCAUCCCCACCAGCAUGCCUGGACAUCCCCCCAUAACGAACACAUCUUCGUCUUCCCCUCUUGUGCCCCCCAGCAAUGGGAGCUGUGCGAGCAGUGGUGGGGGAGGGGGCGGUGGGGGUUCUAGUGGGUCAGAGCGCUCUCAGGGGGCGGUCUUCCCCCCCACCUCGGGCAUGAGCUCUUCUUUGGCGAGCUUCAGUCGCGCUAUGGCGAAUCCUUGCGACUACUUCAUAGACUCCGUGUAGGCUGAUGUCCUGUCGCAGCCUUCCAUGCAGCCUUAAAAUGAGGCUACUGCGUAGACUCCGUGUAGGCUGAUGUCCUGUUGCAGCCUUCCAUGCAGCCUUAAAAUGAGGCUACUGCAUAGACUCCGCGUAGGCUGAUGUCCUGUCGCAGCCUUCCAUGCAGCCUUAACAUGAGGCUACUGUGUAGACUCCGUGUAGGCUGAUGUCCUGUCGCAGCCUUUCCAUGCAGCCUUAAAAUGAGGCUACUGCAUAGACUCUGUGUAGGCUGAUGUCUUGUCGCAGCCUUCCAUGCAGUCUUAAAAUGAGGCUACUGCGUAGACUCUGUGUAGGCUGAUGUCUUGUCGCAGCCUUCCAUGCAGCCUUAAAAUCAUUCGGCAUUGACAUCAGUAGAUAUUGGUCUCAUUAUCAAUUUCAUACUGAAAUUAAAUCUUAACUGGUCUUGCCAUUAUUUUAAUUUUCGUCCCAUCUUCAGGAUGGCUGGAACUUGUUCUUUUGAGUACAGAACACCAGUUUAGAUGUGUCAGUGUUUAAAUGCGUACGUAUUUUCUUUUCAUAACUGAAGAAUAUAACGCUUCUACAGCAGCUGUAUACUAAAUGGGCUGUGAUUAACUGCUUGGCUCAAGGCUUGUUCUGACGAAGUUGACUAAUUAUUACUCAAGUUUUUUAAUUGCCGCCUUUCCAUGUUGAAUUUUGACUCUUAAUCUUCAUCAAUGUCUGCCUGGUAUUUGUUUGGUCAACAGCUGGACGUUUCAGGAGCUUUGAGCGACAGCAAUUUAUUUACAGGCUUUACUAAUUUAAAUCAAACCACAAUAUUUGAAGUUCUACGAACACUUCAAGUCUCUGUUCAAAACACUGACUAUCCUCAGCCAAAGUGUCUUCGACACCAACGUUUCUUCAUGUUUUCAAGAAUCGAUUGUAGGCUAUGUAGACAUUUAUUCAUAGGAUCAAGAUUUAUUUUCAUUCAGGAAUCUUGCUGCGAGUCGUGCUACUUCAUUACAUUUUUAUGUUUAAUUUAAAAACAAUCUUGGUUUUGGUUGAUAAACAUUAUCUAAGUUUCUACGCUAUCAGACUCCAAUUACUUUUAUUCCGAACUGGUUAUUUAUAUGAGUAAAAUUAAUUUUGUUAAUAUAUAUCAGUUAUUCACUUUAAUUUAAAAACAUUCUUGUAUUGGUUGAUAAACAUCUAAGUUUCUACGCUAUCAGACUCCAAUUACUUUUAUUCCGAACUGGUUAUUUAUAUGAGUAAAAUUAGUUUUGUUAAUAUAUAUCAGUUAUUCAAGAGUAAUAUAGUUAUAUUUGUGCGAUGCAUGACGGGGUUGCAAAAUGUCUAAAUAGAGAGCAGCUGCGCCUUAUCAACUUAUUUUUCCAUUUUUAUUUAUAUUGAAAUGUUUAUAAUUUAGAAUAGUUCCACGGAUUAUCAAUAUCCUUUAAUAAUAUUAGCUGAUUUGAUGUCCCAACUUUUGGUACUUAUUUACGUAAAUUCCAGGACAUCGUACGAAAAUUGUCGUUUUAUCAAUUUUGUGUAGUAUUCAUCUGUAAUUUGUAUGAUGGGCCAUUCUU